CACUGUGGUGUUUUGACUUCUAUUUAUUGGUGCUUUUUGAAAACUUCAGAGCAGAAUAUGGAGGCAUGGGCUUGGACUUCUCCUAUAAUAUUGCAGUGGCAGAAGAGCUGGGAAAUAUCCGCUGUGGAGGUAUUCCUAUGGCUAUUGGAGUGCAAGCUGGGAUGGCUACUCCUGCUCUUACCAGGUUUGGUUCUGAGGAGUUGAAAAAACAGUUCCUUGUACCCACUAUAGCUGGCGAUUUUGUGGCUUGCUUGGGAAUCAGUGAACCUGGAGCUGGAUCUGAUGUCGCAAAUAUCAAGACAACAGCUGUGAGAAAAGGUGAUGAAUAUGUUAUAAAUGGUGGUAAGAUGUGGAUUACGUCCGGGAGCCAAGCAGACUGGAUGUGCCUGCUGGCAAACACCAGUGAAGGACCUCCCCAUCGAAAUAAAUCUCUCAUAUGUCUGCCAAUGAAUCUACCUGGCAUUCAUGUUGCUAAAAAGAUAGACAAACUGGGUAUGAGAUCAUCGGACACAGCUCAGAUUUUUUUUGAAGAUGUAAAGGUCCCCAGCAAAAACAUCAUCGGUGAGGAAGGAAAGGGUUUUACAUAUCAGAUGUUGCAAUUCCAAGAAGAGCGGCUGUGGGGAGUAGCCACUGUCCUGACACCGCUGGAAACCAUAAUACAAGAAACUAUUGACUACACCCGUCAGCGGAAAGUGUUUGACAAGUCUGUGCUGCACAACCAAACCGUGCACUUCCGCCUGGCAGAGCUGGCAACUGAAGUGGAGCUCCUUCGCUCACUGCUGCACCGUGCUGUUGCUCUGUAUGUAGAAGGAAAUGAUGUGACAAAAUUUGCUUCCAUGGCUAAGCUAAAGGCAGGACGUCUGGCCCGUGAAGUGACUGACAGCUGUCUCCAGUUUUGGGGAGGAAUGGGAUUCACCAAUGAAGUUCUGGUGAGCAGGUUUUACAGAGACUUGAGAUUGAUGUCAAUAGGAGGUGGGACAGAUGAAACCAUGCUUUCCAUCAUAUGCAAAUACAUGGCAAUACUUCCAAGCAAGUGAUACAGCUCCGCUCUUCCCAGAAAAUUAAGACAGCAAGAGCAUGGCUUGUACUGCACACUGAAGGUAAGAAACAGCCAGCACAUUUUGAGUGGAAAAUGGUAAUUUUGCCAUCAAAAUGCACAUCCAGGUGUUUCAGCAUUACCAUUCUAUGUGUUCUCCACUGUCAAAAUUCUGUUAAUAUAGAGCAGCCUGAGAGAAUACAGCAUCCUGCAAGGUAUUUCUCCAUUUUUUCAGUAGUUUACUGAAGUUUUUCAAUGAUCUAUGCUAAGCACACUGAAAAAAUGUGUUCUUUAAUCAAACUUUAUCUACAUUUUAGAGCAUCUAAGCCACCCAUUAUGAAACAGAACUUCUAUAUGCAUACAGCUAUGAUUUCAUUGUAUAAUUUCAGUGUAGCUUUGCUUUCAAGACCCAUAAUUAAGGCACAAAUGAUUCUCUGCCAUCUCCAAAUACUAGAACAGUGCUUUUGCUCUCAAUUACAGGUACCUUCCCUACCUUUCACUUUUAGCAAGCAAACAUGACAAUGAGAUGUGCUGUCUUUGCCAAGUUCACAUCAACUCUGUGAUGGAUGUUUGGUGAUGGGAGUAGUGGUUGAUUUUUAUUUUCAGAAUUUUACAACCAAUUGUUUAAUUGUAUCUGAAGAUUCUGGAGGCCUGAACUUCAUCAGCAAGGUACCAUGACUUGUGUGUAAUUAUUAAAGGAAAAUAUUAAACAUGUUAAUAUGAAAA